AUGCGGCUGCCGGGGCUGCUCCCCGUCCUGGCCGCCCUCGCGCUCGCCCUCCGCUGUGCCGCCCACAAAACCCCCCUCCGCGGGCUGGACCCCGCGCUGGCGCACCACUACACCGGCCGCAAUGACUCGUUCACCUGCAUCGACGGCGCCCCGACGAUCCCGUUCGUCCGCGUGAACGACGACUACUGCGACUGCCCCGACGGAAGCGACGAGCCCGGGACGUCGGCAUGCCCCGUUGGCCGCUUCCAUUGUCGCAACAGGGGCCACGUGGCGGCGACGAUCCCGGCGGCGUUCGUCGAUGACGGGAUCUGCGACUGCUGCGACGGAUCCGACGAGAUCAGGGGCUGCCCGAACAAGUGCAUCGAGCACGGAAAGCGGGUGCUGGCUGAGCUGAGGGGGAGGCUGAAGGCCUAUGAGGUGGGCUUGAAAUUGAGGGGGGAUCACAUCGGCGCCAACCAGGGGAGGCGCGGGGAGUGGGAGAGGGAGGCGGCCGAUCUUGAGGCCAAGUUUGUGGGCCAGGAGAAGGCGGUGGAGGCGGCCAAGGCCAAGAAGGCGGAGCUGGAGAUGCUGGAGCACGAGCGGCGGGAGGCCGAGAAGGCUGCCGCGGAUGGACCCCCGGGAUCUGGGGGAGAAGGGGAAUUGGGCGAAAGUGUGGUGGUCGAGGGAGGCGGGAAGGGGGCUGGUGGCCCGGGGGCGGGGCAGGGCCAAGGAGAGGGCGAGAGCGGUGACGGCGGCAGUGGGGAAGGGGGGGAUGCCGAGGAUGGCGCAGAGGAAUUUGUGGUUGGGAAGGAGGGAGACGGGGGAGCUGAGGCUGGGGUUGAGGGCGAAGGGGAUGGCAAGGCAGGCGGGCUGGAGGGGGAGAUCGAGGAGGAGGAGGAGGACGAUGAUGAGGAAGGAGAGGAAGACGAUGGGGGCGACGAUGGCAGCGGCUCGGGGGAUGAAUCCAAGGGGAGGAACAAACCGAAGAAGGAGAAGACGGAGGUACAGAAGGCUCAGGAGGAGGUGCGAAAGGAGGAGCGGGAGAUGGACAGACUGUCGAGAGAACUGGACGAGGUCAAGACAAAACUGGACAGGGACUAUGGCCCUGAAAAUGAGUUCCUCUACCUGGCUGGCAACUGCUAUGACGCCGUUGAAAACCAGUAUACUUACUCCAUCUGCCCCUUUGACAAGGCCACGCAAAAAGAGGGCUCGCAUUCGACAAACCUUGGGAGGCACAGGGGCUUCGAGGACGACUAUCGCAAGCUUGUGUUUGACAAGGGUCAGAAGUGCUGGCAGGGGCCGGACAGGAAGAUGGUUUUGAGUCUCGAAUGUGGUGCUGAAGAGAAGUUGGUGGAUGUUCAGGAGCCAAGCAGAUGUGAGUACUCUGCCCGGCUUCAAACGAGUGCUGCCUGCAGCAAUGUCGAGCUUGCAGCAAUCAAGCAGCAGGUGGCAGAACUAGAAGCCCAACUCGAGGGCCACGACCCCACUGAACUGUAG